AUGAGCAAACGUCCCAGCUCAAAUUCGGAGGGCUUGCCUCCCAGCAAGAGAAGACAAACGGACAACGAAUCCGUCGAAUUGAUUGUUUCUCACAGCGAUGAACUCAUCAAGUGUCUCCAGGCGCUGAGCAAAUCGCCCAAGGGGACAUCGCCUCAGGGUGACAUGCUACAAAAUCUACGAAGCCUCAGCAAAAAACUCCUUCCGUCGUUCAAGUAUCUCGCUGGCGAAGAAGAGUCUUUGCCUGAGAAUGAGAAGAUUGAGUCAAAGAUCAACAAUCCCGUCUUGGAGGUAGCUGCCUUCACUCAUCAAGGAAAGGUCAAGAACAAGGGCGACCUGAGCUACGACCGCCUCGAGUGGCUCGGAGACGCUUACGUGGAGCUAUUAUCGACAUGCCUCAUCUUCCAAACAUUCGGAGGCUUGCCUACCGGAAAGUGCUCCCAGAUACGAGAAGUCCUCAUCAAGAAUGCCAACCUCGGCGACUAUUCUACGCAAUAUAAGCUUUUCGAGAGAGCAAUCCUCCCGGCUGAGCUUGACCCGAACAGCAAGAUAGCGGUGAAAGCAAACCCGCAAGAAGUCAGGAAAGUAAGAGGUGACUUAUUCGAGGCGUAUGUUGCUGCUGUCAUCCUGUCUGAUGCAGACGGUCUUCGCCGGGCCGGAGAAUGGCUGCGCUCGCUCUGGAGUAUGACAAUCAAGGACAAGAUUGAAUCUGCCGACAGGACUCCAGACAUUCAUGUUGUGAAGGAAUUGGGAAGCUCAGCGGCACCACAGGAGUCCAGGCUACCCCCCAAAGUCGAAUUAUCGAAACUCAUUGGAGCUAAGGGCAUCAACAUUCGGUAUGAAGACUUGCCCAGCGCCAAACAGAAGGACAAGUUGAAUAAGAAGCUGGCUUUGUUCACUGUUGGCGUGUAUCUGGAUGGAUGGGGCGAGAAGAACAAACUUCUUGGAGUGGGCAGCGAUCUGAACAAAAAGGAGGCUGGACAGAAAGCAGCCGCAGCUGCACUGGGCAACAAAAAGCUCAUGAAGACGUACCAGGAUAAGAAGGUGGCUUUGUACAAAGCUCGCGAUGACUUGGAUGGGAUGGAGUCUUAG